ACAAGCUCCGAGCAUUGAUUGCCGCCGUACACAACACUCCCCGCCAUAUCACCUCGACGUCGCCGUUCACACUGAGUUGACCAUACGACAGCCUUCCCGUGAAUUACCACAACAUACACGAUGGCAUCAGGCUACGAUCGCGCGCUCUCAGUCUUCAGUCCGGACGGCCACGUCUUCCAGGUCGAGUAUGCGCUCGAGGCGGUCAAGCGAGGAACAUGCGCCGUCGGUGUCAAGGGCGCUGAACUGGUAGUGCUGGGAUGCGAGAAGAGGUCGGCGAUGAAGCUGCAGGACACACGCAUCACGCCGUCGAAGAUCUGCCUCGUCGACAACCACGUGGCGCUCGCGUUCGCCGGACUCAACGCCGAUGCCCGCAUUCUCGUCGACAAGGCCCGCCUGGAGGCGCAAUCACAUCGUCUCACCGUCGAGGACCCCGUGUCGAUAGAGUACAUCACCAAGUACGUUGCGGGUGUGCAGCAGCGGUACACACAGAGCGGUGGUGUCAGGCCGUUUGGCAUCAGCACGCUCAUCGUUGGCUUCGACCCCAACGACAAGACGCCACGCCUGUACCAGACCGAGCCGUCUGGCAUCUACUCGGCAUGGAAGGCAAACGCCAUUGGGCGAUCGAGCAAGACGGUCCGCGAGUUCCUCGAGCGCAACCACAAGGAGGGCAUGGACCGCGAGGAGACGAUCAAGCUCACGAUCAAGUCCCUGCUGGAGGUGGUGCAGACUGGCGCCAAGAACAUCGAGAUCGCCGUGUCGGCACCGGGCAAGGCGCUCGAGAUGCUGCCGGUGGAGGACAUUGAGAAGUACGUGGAAAACAUCAACACAGAGAAGCAGGAGGAGGCGGCGAGCAGGAGACCUGGGAGGUCUGCGGGCAGCGGCGCGCUGCCCACCCGCCCCACGCCUGCUGAGGGCUCUGGGUCCGGGGCGUAGGGAGGUCACGAUGGACGGCAGCAAAACGAAGCAACGGCGUCUAGGUGGCAGACUCGGACUUAUGAUGAUGAUGAACUCGUGCAUUGCACAUGUUGCUAGUAAACGAAUAGCAUGUUGCUAGUAAAUGAACGGCAUGUUUCUAGGAAAUGAGAGGCAUGUUUCUAGGAAAUGAGAGGCAUGUUGCUAGCAAAUGAAUGGCAUGUUUCUAGGAAUUGAAAGGCAUGUUGCUAGCAAAUGAAUGGCAUACAGCACUCGAUGAACAGCAUACAGCACUCGAUGAACAGCA